AUGAUCGCUGGGUUUUCAAGUUUCAUCAAUUUGCCUAACAAGCAAUCACAAGACAAAUUUCUUCGAUACUUAGCUAUUCUGUUAUUUUCGAAUCCAGGGUUCAUGGGACAUUCAAAUAUGUUUGUAGCAAUUAAUGCUGAUUUCAUGUGUAGAACACCAGACACAUUUUUAUUGCGAAGACCAUUCUUAUGUCUCAAUUUUAUCAUUUUCGCACAAGUUCUGGCCUCAGUUGUUUGUACAAACAUGACGGACACAAAUGAUACUGAUUAUGAUCGGAUAAAUGAUGUCACUAAAGCACUUCCAGAUCAACAGUCGUCUACGCACUUAGAGUUAUCAUCACCAAAUGAUAUUAUCCUUGAAAAUACAUGGCGAUAUAGGUCAUUUCCAGGUAUAAAAAUACCGGUUGUUCGUUCCCCUCAUCCAACCUUUGGAUCACCAUGGCCAUUACCAUGGAGUUGGGCAUCAUCUUCAUGUUAUUAUAAUGUGGAUAUGCAACAGUUUCACUUUGAAUUCCAUACAAUUUCAAAUGAGAUUCUACAAUCAGCUGUAAAUCGAUAUACGUAUAUGAUACGAAAUAAGCUUGGUUUUUCUGUGUACCCAAAAGUUUGGCAGCAUAAUGAAAAGAGCUUAUUCAGUCAUUUUUCUGAUAAUUAUCAGUCGACUUGUGAAAAUUCUCCUGUAAAGAGAAAUCAGGAUUUUCGCGACAGUAGUUGGAAAAAAAGUUCAUCAUCAUUCCGAGCAAAUCGUCAUUAUUCAAGUAGUACUAAUAAUAACUCCCAUGAUACUAAUUUAAAAACUUCAAAUGAUAUAUCUCAUAAUUUUAUAUCUGAACAAAUGUCUCAUUUAAUUCGCAAGUACAAAUUAUCUGAACACAGUAUACGGCGUAGAGGAAUUCAAAAUUCUGCUUUGUUGCAUGUGAUAAAUCCCGAUUCGAAAUUGCCACAUGUAAAUAUGGAUGAAUCCUAUAUCCUGGGUGUUACGGAAAAUGGCAUUUUUAUUAUUUCUAAUGAAACAUGGGGGGCUUUAAGAGGUUUAGAAACACUUAGUCAAUUAAUGUGGACUACGAAAGAUCAAUCUCAUGUUUUUGUUAAUCAAACGUACAUUGUCGAUUACCCUCGUUUCAAACAUCGUGGAUUAAUGAUUGACACUUCUAGGCAUUUUAUAAGCAAAUCUGUUAUUUUACUGAACUUGGAGGCUAUGAGUUAUAAUAAAUUAAAUGUUUUACAUUGGCAUAUUGUGGAUGAUCAGUCAUUUCCAUAUCAAAGUGAUGUAUAUCCUGAACUUUCGGCUAAAGGUGCUUAUCGAGAAGAUUUAGUUUAUACAUCGAAUGAUAUCAAAGAAAUUGUGGAGUUUGCCCGAUUUCGAGGCAUUCGUGUUAUUCCCGAAUUCGAUAUACCAGGUCAUACUCGAAGUUUGUCACUUUCUCAUCCAGAAAUUAUGUCACAAUGUCAAUAUGAUUAUAAAAAUCUUGCAUAUUACGGCCCACUUAAUCCAGCUUCAAAUAAAACAUACGAGCUUUUAGAAAAUUUAUUUAACGAAGUUUUUCAAUUAUUUUUAGAUGAUUAUAUUCAUCUGGGCGGUGAUGAAGUAGAAACAAUAUGUUGGGAGCGUGAUCCUGAAAUUCUACAGGGCGUUGAAAAUCAUGAUCAAUCCAAUUCAAUAUUUUGGAUUAACUACUUUUGGAGAUGUGUACAAAAUCUAGUUACCCAAAUAGGCAAGAAGAAUCCUCAAUCGAAACGAAAUUUAAUUCUGUGGGAAGAUGUCGUAGAACAUGUAACCGAUCUUAAAAAAUCGCUGUUUGUUCAAGUCUGGAAAAGUCAUCCAUUAUCUCAUUUAUCUAAAGGUUUUAAUAUUAUCUAUUCAAGUUGUUGGUAUUUGGAUUUACUUAAUGAUAUUAAGCGUUGGACAGAUUUUUAUCUGUGCGAUCCAUCCAACGAUGCUCCACUGGAAACUGAACAACAAAUUCUAGGUGGUGAAGCUUGCAUGUGGAGUGAAUACCAAUCGGAUGAUACAGUUCUAACAAAAAUUUGGCCGGUUACAAGUGCUGUUGCAGAACGUCUUUGGAGUGCUAAAGAAAUAAAUGACUUAGAAUUUGCCGGUCCGCGCAUUGAAGAACAACGAUGUCGUUUAAUCAAUCGUGGUAUACCAGCUGGUGUUCUUCUUGGUCCAGGAUAUUGUGAUAGUACUAAACAAAUGACAACAUGGAAUAUCGAUGAAAUUAUAUUAGAUGAAUAUAAAAAUAUUAAAAAUAUCAUGAAGCAAAUGGAACCAAAUAAUAAUAAUCAUGACAUUUAUCAAAAUAAAAAUAAUGAUUAUAGACCUAUUAAUUUAUGGAGUGAUAAAGAUUUGUUCAUUGGUAUUUUCAUCGGCAUUUUAAUUACAUCAUUAUUUCGCCAUCGUAAUUUUUUACCAUUUCGAAAGGCUAAGUGUAAUUUAUCUGUUAUACGUACAGUAUGUUUAUGUAUUUUGAUUUUUGUAAUAUUAAUAAUUUUCUUUAAUCAUAUGUAUUCUGUAUUUGUAUAG